AUGAGCGACCAAACAGCAAUACCCAAAAAAGAAGACGGCAAGGCCCCGGUGACGGGAGACUAUGACCUCUCAACGCCCAUCGACCCCAACGCCGCGGGGUUGAGGCAGGGCCUGACGUCCUACGGCGACGCUCACUUCUCGCUCUUCCUGCGCAAGGUCUUCAUCAAGGCCCUCGGGUACAGCGAGGACGCGCUCUCCAGGCCCAUCAUCGGCAUCGUCAAUACCUACUCGAGCUUCAACCCGUGCCAUGCAAACGUCCCGCAGCUGAUUGAGGCCGUGAAGCGCGGCGUCCAGCUCAAUGGCGGACUGGCGAUUGACUUCCCAACAAUUAGUAUCCAUGAGAGCUUUGCGUCGCCGACGAGCAUGUAUCUGCGGAAUCUGAUGAGCAUGGAUACGGAGGAGAUGAUCAAGGCGCAGCCUUGUGAUGCGGUGGUUCUUAUUGGAGGCUGUGAUAAGACAACUCCUGCGCAGUUGAUGGGUGGCCUAUCGGCGAACAAGCCUAUCCUGCAUCUGGUCACUGGGCCCAUGAUGCCAGGAAGCCAUAAAGGUGUAAGAAUUGGUGCUUGUACAGACUGCCGCAACAACUGGGCCGCUUACAGAGCUGGCAAGAUCGACAUUGAGGAUAUUUCGGCUAUCAAUGAUGAGCUGGCACCUACUGGAGGUACUUGUGGUGUCAUGGGCACCGCAUCGACCAUGGCUUGUAUCCUUGUCGGUCUGGGAAUGAUGCCUUUCAAAGGUGCCACGGCCCCAGCGGUCUCAUCGACGAGACUGCGCAUCGCAGAGCAGACCGGAGGUCUUGCUGUAGCCCUCCAUAAGAAGAAACUUAAGCCACAAGACCUCCUGACCCGCGAGUCUUUCCUCAACGCGAUCACCGUAUUGCAGGCCAUCGGCGGGUCGACCAACGCCAUCGUACACAUGAUGGCCAUCAUAGGCCGGCACCCUGCAGUAGCCGGCACGAUCACGCUGGACACGUUUGAUGAAAUCGGGAGAAAGACCCCACUGUUGGUCGACCUGAAGCCUAGCGGACAGAAUUACAUGGACGACUUCCACAACUCUGGCGGCAUGCUGGCGCUCUUGCAUGAGCUCAAGCCCCUUUUGCAUCUGAACGCCAUGACGGUGACAGGCAAGACGCUGGGGGAAGAGCUGGAGAGCACGCCAUUCACCCCUAUUCCCCGUGACAGCUUGGUCAAUUGUCUCCAACCUUUCAACGAUCCUCUUUUCCCAGCUUCAGCUCUAGCCGUGCUCCGUGGCAAUAUAGCCCCAGGCGGAGCUGUAACGAAGCAGAGUGCAUCAAAAUACCGCCAUUUACUGAAACAUUCCGGCCCAGCAGUGGUUUUUGCUGGCUCUGCGGACAUGGCCCUUCGGAUCGACGACCCGGAUCUCGAGGUGACGCCCGACAGCGUGCUCGUUCUCCAAAACAUCGGGCCUGUCGGCAACCCAGGUAUGCCAGAGGCGGGGCUUAUCCCAAUCCCCCGAAAGCUAGCAUCGCAGGGAGUCGAGGAUAUGCUCCGCCUAUCUGACGGCCGCAUGAGCGGUACAGCAGGUGGCACUAUCGUUUUGCACAUUUCCCCCGAAGCUGCGGAUCCCGACUCGGUUCUCGGUAUCGUCAGGAGUGGCGAUAUCAUAACCUGCGACGUGGAACAACGCCUCAUCAAAGUCGAAAUAUCUGACGAGGAGAUCGAGAGGAGAAUUGCCGAGAAAAAGGAAGCGUUGGCCAAAGAGGAGGAGGACGGUGGCAGCAAUGCGCCUUGGGUGGCGAGGAAGAGAAUCCGCGGUUAUCGGGGACUUUACCUGCGUUCCGUCUUACAGGCCGAAGGAGGAGCUGACUUUGACUUCCUGACAGCGGAUGGUCCGUCCCAAAAGCCGUAA